ACCACUAAGAUCGGUAACAUAGAAAAAUUAAUUGAUUGGUUUUGAUAGUGUACGUGUGUAGCAUGUGGCCUACGACCUUCUUGAGUUGACUAGAAAACAAAGCUAUUAUAUAAUUAUACUAGUUACUGACGUUAUACGUUAGCCGUAGCUAGUAGACCAGUAUUGAAGAUGAGUACAAAGAGCCUAGAAACCAGAGGGAGAACGCUACACGGGCGAGAGUUUGCCUUCAGAGCAGGAGACCUAGUUUUAGUGAAAUGGACGGACGGGAUGGUCUACUUCGCUAAGAUAAAGAGAGUCGACCACAAGAGAAGAAAGUGCACCGUUGUGUUUGAUGAUAAGUCUCAGGAUGAAGCUCACUUCAGUCAGAUACACAGUGUUGACGAGACAACAACGGAUAUCAUUUGCAUCAAAUGCAAGAAAGAUGAUUCCGAGACUCCAAAUGAGAUAGUCCUGUGUGACACUUGUGGCAUAGGUUAUCACCAGAAGUGCCACUCCCCCCCCAUCCCGACCAGCGCUCUCAAACUGGACACUCCGUGGCAGUGUAUACAUUGCAUACGUGGACAGAAAUGCCCUUACCUGACUGAAUCACUGGAUGUACUGCAAAACCUCAUCUCUGAUGAAAGCGACAAUGAUGAAAGUGAAGUGGAAGCUCUUCAAGAACAGAGGAGCAACAGCAGCUCAAAUGGUACCAGAAGGUCCCUGCGUGGUGUUAAGGUGGACUCUGACCCCCGGCCACCACGUGGUGUUAAGGUGGACUCUGACCCCCGACCACCACGUGGUGUUAAGGUGGACUCUGACCCCCGGCCACCACGACUAGCAGCACCUCCUGUGGACCGAAGACGAAGUCCUCUCUCAAAUGCUAAUACCGUUCGACAUAAACUUGCUUCCGUCGUUCCAGUUACCCCUGGUGACAAGUUGACCACACCCACUACCCUCCCGUCCCUACAUGCACACACAAUGGACACAGAGUGUAAAUACACGCCAGAAACCACUCCAGAGUCAACUCCUGAGCCUCUUGCAGUAGGAGACAGAAAAAGAAAGAAAAAACAUUCCCACGUGCACAGAAAGAAGCACAAAAGAUCUUCAGUCGAUGCUUGCACAUUGUUUGUCACGAGACUGCCAACACCAGGAGAGCCUGUUAGACCUGACAAGGUUCAGCUGAAUGGUCAUGGAAGUGUUCCCGUGCUAGAGCCUAGGCCGAGGUCACUACGUGUGUCUCUGAGUAUUCAAGAUGAUUGCGACGGUUCAGUGAAAAUAAAAACACCCUCUGUCAAGUCCCCAUCGCAAGCAACAAGCCAAACUGAUGAUAUAUUCCCUACUGUAACUCUGGUAUCCCCACCCAAACGCAAACCAUCUGUUAUUUCACAAACGAGCAAAACUGUCGAGAAAGUUUUGACCCCAACUAGCAACAAACCAUCCCCAGCAUUCACUGCAUCCCCUCUACCUUCUCAAAGCAAUAUUCCAGAGUUUAUCUCAUUCGAUGACAUGUUUGAAUUAUCCCCUACCGAUAGCCAUCAAAAUAAACCACUCAGCCCUCCUGUGGAGAAAGAAAUAAUGAACAGCAACGAAACUCAAUCUAAAGACAUUCCUAUAGUUGGCAGGGACCAACCAGUUCUCAAUAUUGAUGUCCAGGGCAGUAAAGUGUCUGUGGUGAAAUCACCUACUACUCCAUCCUUUGUAGAUAAGAUCAGUUCACCCACAGUUAUUGUACAAGCACACAAACCUCUUAAUGUACAACCAUUGACCACCACUCCUGGUCACCAAGGCAGCAGAGCACAAGCAGUCACCAGUACACCGCCACCUACCACCCCACCCAGUAUAGCAGCAGCAACUAUGAGCAACACACCACCACCUUCCACUAGUGCGACAGUCAUUGCUAAUACUACUAAACCAAAUACGAUUGUCCCUGUACACUCAAAGCAGCCUACAGCUCUGAUGAUGGCUAAUACUGACGUGAUGAUACGGCCUCCAGCUAGUUCUGUUGUAACCACACACACCCCCACAAGCAGCAAGAGGCCAUGGACAGAUGAUGUCAUUAUUACCUCUGUGGAGAAGAAACCCAGAGUGGCCUCUCCUUCUGAGCCAAAACCAUCACCUUCUACCAAGAAGGAAUUUUCAUGGCAACAGCGGGCCCCACCCACUAACGUCCUCCUAAACCCCGCCCACUACUCUCUGCCAGAUACUGGCCAUGCUAAGAAACCCAAAAUGAACUUUCCCUCUCCCACUGAGCCAAAGCCAAAGCCAUCAAAUUCUACUAAAAAAGAAUUUCCUGCACUGCGACCGCCACUGACUGGAAUGUCCUCCCCCACAACCGUCAUCCUGAGCCCUAGUGGGCAUUACUCUCCCCUGUUAGAGGCUAACAAACCACAGUAUGUGUACUGCGUACAACCAUCACCAGGGAGGCCGCCUAUCUACUUCCCUGCCAACAUGAUGCCUCAACCACAGAGCAGCAAGCAUAUUAAAGCCCCCUCCACUAAUCCCCCAGUGUACUACACUAAUGAUGUUGUAUCAGCUGCUCAUGUGAAUACUACUAAACCAUACGCUAUAGUCAAUGCUCUACCUACCACGACUGGGAUGGGCAUGUAUCCACGGCAACUCGGAUCCUAUGAAGGUGCUGUUAUUGUCAGAAGUCCUACCCAAACAGAUAAGCCUAAAACUGCAAUACACACACCCCCGCCACCACCACCACCACCGCCACCAACCUCCUCUUGUGAGGGACCUUCUGAUGAUUUAAACUCUCACUUGCAAACUAUUAACAAGAAUAUCAGUGCUGCUUUCACUAGUUCAAAUGAAGAUAUGCUCGUUACAGCUUUUGAAGAUGCAUGGAAGAAAUUCCAAGCCAAUGGACCACGAUACUCGUCUAAACCAGUUGCAACGGCUCGAAGCAUUGCACCACCAAACGCUGAGGUUGUGCCCAUCUCAGGCGCCAUCCCAUCAAGAUUGUCGCUGGUUCGACCUGCAGGUCAAAGGCCACGAACAAUUGCUCCUAAGGUUCAUCGUAUGUGUUCUCGUUGUGGACGUGACGCUACCUACUUGUGCUCUGGAUGUAGGACAGAAUGGUACUGUGGCAGGGAUUGUCAGCUCAAGUCAUGGGACAGCCAUAGUGAAACAUGCAAGCACUGAACUAACUGAACUGUUGAACACCCCCCCCCCCCCAUCUUAUUUAUGAUCAAACUGCACUUACUAUUUAUUUUUUGUGCUAAUUUUGUCUGAAAUUCUGCAGUCUACUUGUUGCUUGCCUUGUUACAUCAAUUGUUUCAAUCUACA